AUGAUCAUUUAUUUAAAGGAAUGCAUUGUAUUUCUGAUUCUUAGUUUCCAUGCCACUGCAAACUGGAGGUUAAUGGAUUAUAGUUUUACAGAUACUGUUAUUGUAGAUAAUAACUGGAAGAUGUUUAAAGAUUACUCAAUUGGUUGGCAAAUUUCAUUCAAUACAAACAUUUGCACUUAAAAUCCAUAAACAUAUGUCUCGUUAAAGAGAAAUUAGUAAUUCAUAAAAAAGUCAUUCAAUUAUAAGGGUUUUGCAGUUUAAGUAGUUUUUGAUGUCUUUUUUAUUCAAGAGGAUAAUUCAAAUUCUUAUUUUGAGUUAAAUACUCAACUUCAUCUUCUACCAUAACAAUUUUUAGUAGAGAUUAUAAGAAAUUUGAUUUGGAACAAAAUAGUUAAAUCAUUUGUGAUCCUACUUUUGACGAAUUUGAAUUUUUUACAAUAGCAAGUACAAUUUCUAAUACCAACACUGAAAACUAAUUUCUAAUAAGUGUUAACUUCAAUCCUGAUUCAGUGUCCGUGGAAAUAGGAAUUAGAAACAUGUUAAUUUAUGUAAAUCCUUGUCAUCCAACUUGCUUAAGUUGUUAUGGUCCUUUAGAAACAAAUUGUUUAACGUGUUUCGAUGGUUAAGGGUUAUCAGGCGGGAAAUGCUAAUGUGUUUCUGAAUAAUAAUUUGCUGAAACUUUUAUAGGUUGUCGUUAGGAAUGUGAUAGAGAUUAUUCGAUUGCUCGGUAUGAUAAAAUUUGUGUGUAAGACUACAGAAUUAAAUCAUAUUUAACAUUAUUUGAAAAUGGUGUCAUCCUUGUAUCAAAUAAUAAUAGGUAUUCUCCUUUUAUUUUUAAAACAGACAUAUUUCAUCCUAAGAACACUGAUUUAAUUUAUAAAAGGUUGCCUUGCAAUAGAUUUUAUUGGUAAAUUGUAAUUUAAUGAAGGGAUGUUUUACUAAAUGAAUUUAGAAAAUUCAGUAAAAUUUCUACGAAUUCGCCUUACAUUUUCUUUAUCUAAUUUUCAAGAUUCAAGUAAAAUUGAAAUCUUAAUUGAUAAUCAACUUUAAUCACGCAUCAUAAAAACUGCAACCAAUUUUUAAUAUGUCAAUUUGAAUACAAUAUUUCAAGAUAGUAGCAUUUGUGGGAGUAGUGCUACUUUGUUAAGAAUAGAGAUGAUUUUUAAAGUCUUUAAUUCUCAUCCAACAAUUAAGAUUUAAGGAUAACUUUAACAAGCAAGUGAGUUUUGGGGAUUUAAAAAUGUCACAAUUGACACAGGACUUUGUUAACAGAAUUGCAAGAUUUGUUAAACCUUUUCUAAAUGCGCAUAAUGUGAAACAGGCUAUUAAUUAUAUAGAAACUAAUGUAUUGAUAAAUGUCCUAUUCAUUCAGAUAAUUGUGUUGAUUAUGAGGAUAGGAUUCCAUAUUCUAGAUAUUUAGCCAAAGGAUUUUAUAAUUUAAACAUGACUCUCGAAGAGAUCGAAUCUUUUUAUGAUACAUUUCCUGAUCCAACCCAUAAUAUUGCAACCACAUAAAAAUUUUCAUUUUUGAACAAUAAAAUAGUAUUAGGAGGUUUGUUGGUAUGGAAUAAUGGAUAAUAUACAAAGGAAUGGUCUAUUUCACAACCUCAUCAUGGAGUGUAAAUUUAUUUUAAUUUAACUUAUGGAGACAAUUAUUCUGGAUUCUUUUAUUAUAAGGUAGGGACUACUAGCAGUACGUAAAAAGGACCGUUUAUUAAUCUUGGUGGAGGAUCAAAUCUAAUCGGUCAAGUUACUUCUGAAAGCACCCGUUACUUUAAUAUUAAUUUGAACGAUUUUUCUUAUGACAGAUUAUACAUUCAACUUUUAUGUCAAACCAUUGCUCCAAAUAUUAAUAUGGGUUUUUGUGCCAUAUCAGAUUAUUUUAUUGUUGUCAAUUAUUGCCCUCCUUUUUGUUAAACUUGCACAAGUUCAAGUGGAUGUACCUAAUGGCAGGCAGGUUAUAGUGGUUCUAAUUGUUAAAGUAAUUAAUAUAUCAAUUUUGAUCAAUAAACAGAAACCUAUAGUUGCAAAGAUUGCGAUGAAGUUUGUAGAACAUGUUUAAGUUCAGAAGACUGUUAAUAAUGCAUUAGCGAUGAAUUUCAGUUAAUUAAUGGAAUUUGUUUGUGUAAACCCAUUCAGAUUUAGAUAUGGACGACAUGUUUAUGA